GAUGACCAGAGACUGCGGACAGUACAGGAGAUGACCAGAGACUGCGGACACAGUACAGGAGAUGACCAGAGACUGCGGACACAGUACAGGAGAUGACCAGAGACUGCGGACACAGUACAGGAGACGACCAGAGACUGCGGACACAGUACAGGAGAUGACCAGAGACUGCGGACACAGUACAGGAGAUGACCAGAGACUGCGGACAGUACAGGGAUGACCAGAGACUGCGGACAGCACAGGGAUGACCAGAGACUGCGGACAGUACAGGAGAUGACCAGAGACUGCGGACAGUACAGGGGAUGACCAGAGACUGCGGACAG